UUUUUACGCAAGUUGGAAAGGGUUCUCCGUGCACUCUUCCUUCUCGCUAUCUGAUUCAAAACAAGUGAGGGUGCGAGUUAAGGUUCUUUUUAAAAUCGCCCAAAUAACAAAGCUACAAAGCGUCAUUUAGAAACUCAGUCAAGUUUGAAGUUUGAACAGCGAAGCAGUUGCAGAGCAUUAGAGCGUGUGUCGUGCUCUCUCAAGUUCCGAGCUGAUUUUCAUUCCAAUUUCUGCCAUUCAAGUUCCUUUGCUAUUUCCACUCCAGAAACUGUUUCUCGUCGUCGAACAAAGUCAAUCAGUAUCAGUCAGUUGUAUCAGUAUUUCCUAAUCGAAACCCUGGCGUAUCCUUCUGUUUAACUACUUUGGACAUAAAACAAAGAAAACCAGGCAGGCAGGCAGGAUUAGUAACUUGUGUACCAGUUAUUUUCCUUACCACUCGAGUGACGUUUUCAAAACGACGCGUUUCCUUCAUUGUACAAAGUUUUUAGUCAGAAUUCUAAUUUGUGGUUUCUCCCAACUAGUCUCUCUCCCAGAGAAUUUGAUAAGUUUGGAGUGAAAGCAAGUUUAUGCUUACAAAGUAGAUCAUAAAACAUUUUAUUGGUCUUAUUUUUGCGGGUAGAAGGUCCAUUAAGGUUUAUUAACUGCUCUUUUAAGUUGUACAAAGUUUUCCAUUUAACUUUAGAGGAAAUAUUUGAACAUUCCAGAUAUACAUAGAUAUGUACAAUUGUUACAAGCUAAAUACAUGUGCAAUACACAAUUGACAGUUCCUAACGUUGAGAUUGAGACACAUCGGGAGAUAUAACAGAAAUUCAUAAAUUUAAUCGAUAAACCUUCAAUAAAUAUACCUUGCCCAAUAACCGUGGGCACAGUAAGAAAGUAUCAAAAGACCAAAAAGUAACAAAAAUCUAAAGGAACUCACAUCCAGUUCUACAUGUCAUUAGUUUAAGUGUUGAAGUUACCGUGAAUAAAAAAGCAGGAUAACAUUUCCACAAGUUAAACAGCAUAACAAGAUUUGAGAUUGGUGUUGGUUUUAAAAACCGGAAAUGGGAUCCCCAUUUGCCAUGAAACAUCGUUGUAACCCCACGGCCAUGCAGUCAUCGCUCGCCCCUUGCGAAAUGAUGCCAUCAGUUUCAUCCCUUCGGGACCAAGCGUCCCGAUGUGGACGACUAAAAAAACUGAGCGGAAAGGGAAUUCUCACGUCUGGAACUUGGAGAGAGAGGUUUUGUCUUUUGGUGAAGAAUAAGCUCUACUACUAUGAAAAUGAUGAGGGAAAUGGGACAGAGAAGUACUGUGGAACUGUGAAUCUAGAUUAUUUCGAUACCUGCACAGAAGCUUCUACCCGGAUGGCCAGGAAAGCGACCAAUGUUUUGGUUAUUGGGUCGUCAGAUAAAGGAUUCUUCGAGUCUCAUUCGGGUCGACAUUACUUUUCGGCUGAAACACUUCCAGAAAUGAAGGAAUGGGUGAACGCAAUAAAUUCUGCAAUGAAAAAUCACAUCCGGAAAGAAAAAAAGACAACCAGGGAUGGAUCACUCACGCCAGGACAAACCAAGAGAGAUUCCUCAACGAAGACAAAGUCCAAGCAGCAGGAUGAUUCACCAACGGGAACCCUGCCCAGAACCGGUGCACGCCUCGACAACCUUACAAAAGGACGCCCUCGCGGUCCUCAAGGUCGACGGCUUCCACGAAAACCACAGCGUCCGAAUGGAACACCUAAUGAGACAGAUCCCGUACUGGACUCUGAGGACGAAAUGGGAGUGGCGAGGGAUUCUUCUCAUGGAAGAGCGGCAACCAUGGUGGAAUCUUCGUUAGAAACGAAUUUGAAAAUCAGGUUGGAAUUUGAAUCGAAGAGUGAGGAUGAAUUGAGGGUUAACAACUCGAUAUAUUUGAGUGACGCCACUUCUUGUUCUAACAACCAAUCCCCUAAUGCUAAACGCUUGAGUUUUGAACAAGCUUGGUUUAUAACUUUGCCUGAUUCUCCUCGUAAAUCUGGCAGCAAGUUGGAGGAGGAAGAUAACACGUCGGAUUAUUCAAGCAUGCACGGUUCUCCACCAUCUACCAAAAGCUCGAAACGGAGUCCUUCGGCAUCUCCCACUAACAAUCCACCUGCUCGAAACUCUCUCAAAAGUAGGCUCGAAAAAUUCCUUUGUUCAUUAUUGUAAACUGAAGAGACAAGAGCUCAGGAUGAUCCAGUUGUAGUACGUUUAAAAUCGCUAUAUUCUUACAUUCUGGAGAAAUACGCGUACUGCUGUGUUUUUUUACCAUACAUACUCCCAUAAUUUGGUUUUGUUGUAGCAGUCGAGGAUUAUGUACGCUGUUUCUUCUUCUCUAUGUUUAGAGCUCUAUAAUUAUUUUGAAAAUUGGAUAACACCACGCACAUACAUAUACUUUUUUAGGACAAUGACAACAAAUAAUUUUCGUGCUUGUAAUCGCAUGACUUUGUAAAUAUAUUAUAUGAUGAUAGUUGAAGUAAGAAUGAGUCAUAGGUGCGUCUAGUCGUUGUCAACUUUCCUCAACUCGACAUUAUGCUAUAUUAUAAAAGGGAAUAAGUGACUGUGAUUUCAAAAUUAAAUAAUCAAAUUAUACCCGUAGCUAGCCGCAUUAAAAAUUCGGAUGUGUGACAAAUUGAGUUUUUUAACUAAUGUGUGUGAUUUUCUAAUAAAUAUAUUUUAAAUAAUA